GCCGUUACUAAGCAUGAAAAACGUGACACAGGGUCCCCUAUAUAUAUCAUACAUUAUUUGCAUAGGAAUGAAUUCACCAAAAUGGAGCACACAAAUUUAAGCACUAGAAGCUAUAGUAAUGAUGAUGUUUAUUAUUGUUGUGAAGGGUGUGUUAUAAAUGUGCCCUUUUCAUGGGAACACAAGCCAGGACUCUCCAAAGUGGCAAACCAUGAUAAUUUGUCAAACAAGGGCAAAAUGGGUAAUAAUAAUAUGCUAGUGCUUCAACCUCCACCAUGUUCAUCAUAUGGCACAAGAAGAAGUGAGAUUAUGAAAGUGGGUGAACCAAAUUCACUUAGAAUUAGUAGUAAUUCUUUUGGGAUGGUGGAGAAAUUAGAAGAUCCUUUUGUGGAAGCUUACAAGAGAUGCACCAAAAUCCCCUUUAAGGUUAAUAGUAGUAAUAAUAUUCUUGUAUCAUCAUCAUCAUCAUCAUCAUCAUCAUCAUGGCCUAAUAAUAUAAGGAAGUAUAUGCAUAUUUUUUCUUGCAAAUGUGAAAUUAAAGCACUUCAAAAAUUAGGGUAAUGUAUGUCAUCAUGUUGAAAUUUUAUUUUCUUUGCUUUUAUUUUAUUUUAUGUUAUACGUAUUUAUCAAAUGACUAUGUAUAGUUUCCCUUCCACCAAAAAAAAAUUGUAUAGUUGUAUAGCAUAGUCAAUUCAGUUUGAUUCAU